AUGUUCAAACACCGCUCGCCCUGCUUGUUCCUGUUACUUUGUCUUAUUGUAAAUGUAAAUUGUAAGCCUUCGAAAGACAAACUGAGUUCUGUAGCCAAUCCAGAAGUUGUAAACAAUCCAUUGCCAGAAAUUGUUUUGAGACAUCAAGUGGCUGGUGUUGAAGAUAGUGAUGAGGAGCUUAUAACUGACAAAACUGGUAAGAUAAUAUCAAAUUUUAAAAUAUUUUUAAAAUUUUUUAAAGUUUGGUAAUUUAAAAUUUGUUAUUUUAUUAUUAUUAAAACCAAAAGAGAAAUAAAAAUCAAAAAAAAAUUUUAAUUUUGUAUACACAUGUUUCAUAGUAUAACUUGGUCUCGGCAGUCUGCAAACCUUGCAAAUUACUAAUUUUAAAUAUUAUUUUUGUAAUUCUAAUGAAAAAUUAUAUUUUAAAAGAUUUUAAUAAUUAAAAAAUAAUUUUUUCAAAAAUACAUUUUACCGUAUAACUUGUCUCCGGCAGCCUGCAGCAAAAACAAUAAAUAAUUGUCAUCGUAUAAUAUAAGAAGUUUCUUUAAAAAGCAAAAAAUGGCAGGAACCUUCUUUACAAAUCAAAAAAUGGCAAGAACUUUCUUUACUAAACAAAAAAUAGCAAAAACUUUCUUUACAAACGACAAGAAAUGGUGAGGACUUUCUUUACAAAACAGAAAAUGGCAAUAACUUUAUUUACAAACCAAAAAAUGGCCCAAACACUAAAAAAAUUGUUGAUUUUUUAAAUUUUUUAGCGUACCAUAACUAAAAUAUUUUAAAAUUUUUUUUCUAGCAUCAACUCUAAAAACAGAAGAUUCAGAAGCUUCUUUACCGAAAAAGAUUCAAGAACUUGUAGAGAAAGCAUCAACUGACAAUGACAAACACUAUAAGAAAUAUCCUAGUCCAUUGAGUAGUAGUGAAGAGAAUGUUAGUCUGGUGAAGGGUUCUGUGGCUUCAAAGGGCUUUAAAAUUGGCAGCAAUGAUGGUAGUAAUAGUAGUGAUGGUGAAGUUAAUAGUGGUAGUAGCCAUAGCAUAGAAGGUCAUGUUAACAUUGAUGAAGAUGAAGGUCAAGCUGAUAAAACUGAAGAUUCUAAAGCCAAAUUAACUACAAAUGAAAUGCCUAACCAAGGAGAUCAAAAAAAAAUGUCAUUCUCAAGUUAUAAUAGCAAGUCCAAUGACAAGCCUAAUCCACUAUCACUACAUGAUCAAGCUGAACGACUGGUCGAAGGUAACUUGAGAGAUAUGGAGAAAUGUGUACCAUGUACAUCAAUUAGUCAACCUGAAGACUGUGAACCUUGUGACAGUGCUGAAAUUGAGCUUAAUGGGUCAGGUCUAUCCUACUCUAACAUGGGUAAUGGUAAUGGUGAUGACUCAAGAGUAAGUGAAGGAGAAGAUGAUCGAAUGUCAUCAAAAGAUAGAAAGAAUCUUGGCGCUACAGGCUCUGUAGAUAGAUCUACGUUAACUUCUGAGCUAAUUAGUCAAACUACAAAUGAAAAAAGUUCAGAAGAAACAACACUAUCAACCUUGUUAACCCCAAGACCAAGAAAAGCUAGCCUUAAGCUGGGUAAGACGACUGAGAAUGCUGAUACAACUUCAAAAGAAGCUACUACAACCACAGAAUCAACUAAAGUUAAAAGAAAUAAUAAUAAUGAUGAUAAUGAUAAAGAAAAAGAAGAUAAUAAAGAAGAUAAUGAAGAAAAGAAAGAAGAAGAAAAUACAACAAUAACGUCAGAUUCAUCUAAAGAACCCAAUAAAGAAGAAAAUAAAGACGAGAAAGAAAGUAAUGAAGACGGUAAAGAAAAAAGUUAGCACCCUUUUCUACCCUACCCUACCCUACCCUAUCCUACCCUACCCUAAAUUACUAAACCUUACUUACUUUAGUCUGCUCUAUCCUAUUCUAAUCUGUCCUGCCCGACUCUACAGUAUCCCGCAAUACUCUACCGUACUUGUCAUUAACCUUCUAAUUUACUCUACCUUUCUGUCCUACUCUACCCUUCACCUUCCUACUUUAUCUUCCUUUACUUUACAGUACCGUUUUUUGCUUUAAAAUACUGUAACUUUCCUUACAGUAACUUACGUUUUAGUACUUUUCUUUACCCGACCUUACUCUACCCUCUUCUUCCCUUACAUACAGGGCCGGGCGCAAGGGGGGGGGGGAGGGGGGGGGGCGGGUACCGCCCCCCCCAGAAAAAAAUUUUUGAAAAAAUUUGAACGUGGUCCGCCCUGUGGAUUUUCGGAAAAAAAAAUUUGCAAAAAAUCGGCACAGGUCCCCUGUGCCGAUUUUUUGGACCCCUGCCCCCAGACCAAAAGACCCCGCCCGGCCCUGCUUACAUAUAUUAAGUUUUAGCAAAACCAGACCACCAAUCAGAAGGAAUCUUGCCAACAGUAGACACAGAAAUCAAGAAGGUUGAUGGUUUUCCAACCAAGGAGCAGUAUAUUGAGUUAGCCGAUAACACAACAGAAGAGUUUGAUCGUUUAGCCUAUGGCAAUAUGGAUGAUGUCUUUCCUGAAGUUGAACGUGAGACUGAUGGCAUUACAGUAAGAUUAGGGCCAAGUCCAUUCCCUGAAACUACUGAAAAGGCUAUCAUCGGAAUGGCUACUAUUGAUGUAAGGGUUACUGUAACUUUUUUAGAAAUUAGUGUAAUUUUCUAAAGUAUUACAGUAUCUAUGUUACAGUAAGAAGUCUGCAUAUUACUGUAAUGUAUUUUUUAUAGUUUGACGAAACUUUCUUUACAAGCUUUAAUUUAUAAUUAAAAUUUAAGGCCCCAGUCGAGAAAGUGUACAAACUAAUGGUACCUUGGUUCCCAUACCGGUUACAAUGGGAUGGAGAGUUAUAUGAAGAUAUGAAAGUGUUAAAAAGGAUAGACAAUGAUGUAAGUGAAGCCCUAGGAGAGAGCUCUAGCCCAGAGCUCAGAGCCCUGGCUCUAGCCUAGAGUCCUAGCCAAGAAACCUAGCCCUAGCGCAAAGCCGCUCAAAGCUUAGCCCAAAGCUUUAGCCUUAUAGCCUUAGCCCAGAGCCCUAGCCUAAAGCCUUAACCCAAAGCUUAAAGCCCAUUAGCCUUCCCUACCUUAUUAUGCUUUACAAUAUUCUGCCCUGCCUUAACUUACCUUGUUCUUCACUGCCCUCCUCUACACUAUCAUAUCCUAGUGUACCUAUUCUAUCUUCCUGCUCUACAAUAUUGAAAAUUUUAUUUAUUUUAGACCUUGUUGGUACAUUCCGUAGUGAAGAAAAAGCUUAUAUUGGACCCACGAGAUUCUGUCGAUGUUUACAGAGUAAGUAACUAAACAGAUACUUUGAAAUUUAAAAUUUUAGUAGCUAAAGUUUUUAUAAACUAAAUUUUCAUUUUUUUAUGUCAAAAAAAGUUUUGUCGUUUUUUACACGCAAAACCGUGUAAAUCGACGACAAGACUUUUUUGCCAUUUUUAAUAUAACGUAAAACCAAAAAACUAAAAACUUUGUGAUAUUAUAAUGAAAAGACUUUCUAAAAUACAACUUCAGUACCAAACAUUUGCCAAUAAAACCACAAAAAUUGCUCUUCAAUCGACCACCAACCCAGAUUGGCCAGAGAUCGAUGGUUACACGAGAACAGUGCAAAGACUGGGCGGAUUUACAAUUGAACCCAACAAGGAUAAUCCCCAGACCACCGAUAUGAAAGUGAGUUGUUGUUUAUGUUUUUUGAUCAUAUUUUUAUAGUUUUUGAACAAAAUUUACUUUUUUUUAAUUUUUAAAAAUUUAAAAAUUUUAAAUUUUUUUUCAAAUUUAAAAAACGAGCCGAAUUUUAGACGUUCGUAUUUUACUUUAGUCUUACAAUUAAAAACAGUUUUGCAAAAUUAGAAUCCUUAGUUUUGGUUUGGGCAUCUUUAAUCGUAUAACUUGGCCGCGCAGGCUGCAGGAGCUGAAAAGCGUAUAAAAACACUAUUGGGAAGGUAAAAUACGAUUGCUUCAAUAAUGAAGACAGUAAAAAAUUAUUUUUUUUUAUAUUAUGAAAGAACUUUCUUUACAAAAAAUAAAUUUUUUUUAAAUAAAAAAAAAUUAAAAAAGUUUUAAGAAAAUUUUUAAUUUUUGAAAAGUUUAAAUACAAUAAAAAUCGUCAACUACUGUAUUUUACUUUAUUCUUUACUUUCUACUGAUAACUGUUACGGUCAUUAAAAUCUAUCGUUUUGCUUCGGACAACUUUCAUCGUAUAACUUUGCUGCGCAGGUUGCAAGACCUUUAAUUGAUGUAUAAAAAGGCAUUGAAAAUGUAAAAUACGACCGUUAAAUUCUAAAUGAUUUUACAAGAAAAUUUUUAAAAAAUAGUUUUUAGUACUAUGAAGAAACCUUCUUUACAAAAAAAAUUUUAAUUUUUAAAAUUAAUUUAAAUUUUUUUGAAAUCUUAAAAUUUAGGCCAUCACAGUACUAGACCUGAACCUUCCAGUCCCAGGAUUUUUGAGUUCUUUGGCUGAAAAGUUUAAGCCUGGUCAAAUUGAAGAGUUUUUCAACCGGUUGAAGAAGGCGGCUGCUGAUAUUGUCGUACAAUAA